ACCAAACCUAAAAACAACAAAUUCAAAUUUGGCUCAACACUGACUAAACCAAACCAGGAAUUGCGCUAUAGGCACAACCAUUUUAGUUUGGUGAUGGUAAGGUCUGCUGACGAUGGAGGAUCUGACAGCUCCCAUCUUCGGCUUAAGUCCUGAAAAUAAUAAGACGCGUGCCAAAGUGAUGGAUAUUGGUCGUUUAGAGUCGUUGUCCUGACCCAAAACCGAAAAGCAACCCCUCCCGCCCCAGAAGGACGUCAUUCCAGUGCUCCUUGGUCAACAUUGAUUACAUUUCUGGCUCAACUAAUCUCCAAACACACUCAAAUAAGUUGUUGAAAAUUAGGUCCCUCUUUUCCCUAACCUUUUAUCUUUCUAAAUAAAUCUGAUUGAAACUAAUUACAAGCUCCUUCCCUUCAUUGAUGAUGUCUCUUUGUUUCUUCAACUCCUUGUUUCGUAAACUCACCUCCCGAUGGCCCCUCUUCCUCCAUGCUACCAUGUGGACCAUCCUUCUCACUACCACUGUCAUCGUCGCUUCCUUCUGGCCUGAACUCUCCUUUGUUUGGGCUAUUUCUCCCUCCUCUUCCUUCUCGCAUCAGUGCGACGAAGAUGACGCUUUCCUUAGAGUUCCGUUAGACCUUCCGGGAGAGGUCCUCUGCUUGCCGGCUCACCUUUUUAAGAGGUCCAAACUUGAUUUGAUCGUUCCUCCAGUUUUCGCGGCCAUUGUGGUGGCUGGCUCCACUUGGCUAGUUCGCGCGUUAGGCUUGUUUGAUUACGAUGUGUCUCCUUGAUUAAGGUGCGUGCUUCUGAUUCAAUUUGCACCGUCUGAUUGUUGUAAGUUUAAUACAGUGUGUAAUUAAUUAAUUAAACCUCAUUAAUUCUUUAAACUAUCACAAUUAAUGAAGAAACUCCCAAUUUUAUAUGAAAAA